UCUGGCCCGGCCCAGCCCAUCCCAGCCCAUCCCAUCCCAUCCCAGCCCAGAAGCAUAACUCACUCAGAGCAGAAGGUUUCUACAGAAGGCGGACCCACAUCACUCACCACAAACCCAUUCACGUAAACGAGGGCAGCGCUUCGCUAAGACGGCUAAAGCCGAGCAGACCUCCUCAGCUCUGUCUGGAAUCCUAUCACUUUUCAACGGCUGUCUGUGUGGAGAGCUUCCGUCAUGAGCUUCCUCACCGCUCUCCACUGUGUGGUGCUUAUUUCGUUCUGUGAAAUCCUGGGCAAACACCAAAGCAGCGCGGGCAUGUGUUGGCUGCAGCAGAGCCAGGAGCAGCGCUGUGACAUGGUGCUCAUGCGCGGAGUAAGCAGAGAGGAGUGUUGUGCCGGUGGCCGUUUAGACAUGGCCUGGUCCAACACCAGCCUGCCCAUCAACGAGGUCAGUCUGUUGGGUUUCCUGGGCAUCGUCUCCUGCAAGCCCUGCAAAGAGACAUGUGAAGGGGUGCAGUGUGGGCCAGGGAAGGCGUGUAAGAUGAAGGCCGGGCGCCCACAGUGUGUGUGCUCCCCAGACUGCUCUAAUGUCUCCAGGCAGCACGCUGUCUGUGGGAGUGAUGGGAACUCGUAUAAAGACGAGUGCGCGCUUCUGAUGGCCCGCUGCAGAGGUCACCCUGACCUGGAGAUUAUGUACCAGGGAGAGUGCAAAAAGUCGUGCUCCAACGUGGUGUGCCCUGGCACCCACACCUGCGUGACAGACCAGACCAACAGUGCCCACUGCGUAAUGUGCCGCACGGCCCCCUGCCCGAUGCCCCUGCUCACUGACCAGACCAUCUGCGGCAAUGAUAACAUCACCUACCCCAGCGCCUGCCAUUUGCGCCGGGCUACCUGCUUCUUUGGCCGCUCCAUAGGAGUGCGCCACUAUGGACAUUGCCGAAGUGAAGAAGACAGUGAGGAGAACUCGCUCUUUUAGGGACACUGGCUUUGCAUGAGCUUCGUUUCCUCGUACAUCCACUGACACAGUUCACGUGAGCGAGUCGUAACUACCCCGACAGAGUCCUCUGUUCUAAAUGAACCACUGAUAUACGUAGAUGCAUGCAGUACAUAUUACAAGGGAAAUGUGUGCCUCUCUUGCUAUCUGCUAUAGUAUUGUAGUGAAGAACUGAAGUGAUCAGCUUUAUCAGAUUUGGGGCCUGACAAUGUGCAUAUUGUAAAUACAUUACUGCUAUUAUUUAUUGGAGGAAGCCAGUUCUCCAAAAACAAGGUUGUUUUAUUUAUAGUUCUUUUCAUUCGAAUUGCAUAUUACCAGAUCAGCUGCCUUCAUGGAGAUAUUUAUUGUGUUAUUGUCAGCUUUCAUGUGCAGAACAGUUAUAGUACCAUACAGGUUCAUGAAAAAUUACAUUCAAAAUAUCUUUUUCUAGACAUAUACAGUGUAAACAAAUGCAGCCUCUGCUAUGCAUCGUUAAUAAAAUGCAUAGAUGCUCAAAUAAACAUUUAAACACUGAAUCCCUUUUGAUAGAUCUUUCCAUGCUCCACGCAAAAAUGCAUUGCUAGGUUGAACAAGCUUCACACAACAUUGGCAAAAAUCUCAUUUAACCUAAAGAGAAAUCGUAGCACACGAUGCAAAGUCUGUUCUGAAUUUCAAAUGAUAUUUAUUUUUAUCCAUUUAAAAGGUUACCCUGUUAGGAUGGCUUGAGUGUAGUCUUGUCAUGAAGCUAACAUUACUUUCGAUUAGAUAUAACUGCACAGUCUAGCUCAGUAGCUUAGCAUUGCAAACUCAAAACUGGAAAAUGUUAUGCAGUGUCUGUAAAUACCAGCUUAAAUUCAUUAGGCUGAAAGUGGGUGGGAGUGGAUUCCCAUUAGGGUGGGAACAAACUGACCAAUCCAAUGUCUCCUGAAGCCUGAACUCAAAGUAUUAAGAGAUGGUGUGGUCAUCAAGCUUGUCCAAUGAACAAGUCCAUUGUUAGGCCAUAUUAGCAUACUGUAAACAGCUAACCAGGCUUGGUAAACUGUUGGCAAACAAGCCAAGAUACCCUUUUCUCCACAGUUACUGUCUUAAGACAAAGCAUUUGAAGUGGUUUCAUGGAGUCAAAUUUGUCCAAAAACAAAUCGAACUCAUUUUAAACAGCAGUUUUAGCUUCUAUUAAGUAGCUUCUUUUGUCUGUGUUAUCAUUAUAUGUGUACCCCUGUUAGCAGUGAAUUUCACUGUAGUCGGGCACUAAACAUUUAACAACUUGUCUCCUGAUGUGUAUUCCCAAGAAAAGGUGCUACGGAAGAGUAAUAAAUGACAUCAGAUCAGAUGUUCAGAUACUAUUUAUUUUUUAAAAAUCAAUGUAUCGCCGCUGUCCAAAGAAAACCUGGCAUCUCCAUUUUUGACGAUUUUUAUUUUUGUCGAUUUCAACGCACCAGCUGUCCUUCAUGUCCUGUGAAAAUUUCAUGAUGAGUGGACCGAUAGAAAUACUCUAAAAUCACUUAGAAUGAAUUGGCUUUGCAUUAGCUUGCAUUGAGUUUACACUCGUUUGCAGUGAUUUGCACUGAAAGUUGAGGCUUCUGUUGUAAACUUACUAUUUUGGAGAUGCUUUGAUUGGAGUUUUUCAUUGGACAGCAACGAUAUGCGUCAUAGUAAGCCAACUCCUUCCCAACAUCCAGUAUGCUAAUGACAGAGCAGGAUACUGACUGCUUUAUAUUACUCUAUUACGAUUCAGGCUACAUCAGCCAUGUAAGCACUUUGUAAAUGAAUUCAUCUUCACUACCAAAAGCACAAAAUUCAAACAGAGUGCAGUGUAUGCUUCUGCACCCCCAUAGAACCAGGCCUGGAUUUUUGUUCUGUAAAGCUUGCCCAACCUGGCAACAGUUGCUACGAAAGAAUGCAUAGGCAGAGCUUGGAUAGGUCAACUACACUGCAAGUUGGAAAAAGGAAUGUGUUUAUUAGAAUAACAGGUAAGGUCAGUAAAUCUCAAAAACCUUUGAGAAACAUGUCCUUGGAGCCCUUGAACCCUCUCUCCCCGAAGCGUGCCUCUUUCAGCAAGCCAUGUGGCAGUAGAGGCCGGAUUCUUACACACUCUGGAGAAUAUUUAUAAUAGAGAUAAAGCCAAAAGCAGAGUGCGUGUGGAGUGUGGAGUUCCGCUCUCUUGUGUUUGGAGGUGAGAGAUUUUGCAGCCGCAGUAUGAGAGUAUAUCGAGCCCCAGACCAUUGCGUGCACGUCACAUUGGCAUGAAAUCCGAACAGAGCCACCUGCCAAACAGUGAAAUUACCAGCUACACUAUAAGGCAGUGGUUUUUAUGAGGAGGCUGUGAUGGUCUAAAUAUGUCCAGUACGUUCUACUGUUUUAAUGUUAAUUGUGUAAGCGAUUUGUGGGUUACUUGAGUGCAUAUUUUGGUAUUAGGGAACCAUUCAGAGCCGCUGUUAAGAGUCGAACUGGUUGAUUGCUAGAUAGUGAACCUCUACAUAGUAAUAUAGUAAUCUGCUAUGUUUUGUUUUGUGAAUAAAUGUCAGAAUAGUUUGCAUUUCUGUUGCAUAAUCCAAGUUCUGACAUAGCCAAGCUUGGAUAUGUAUCCUUGUAAAUAUAUUUUCCUGUUUUUCUUUUUUGUUUUGUUUUUGUUUUUACAGUACUUGUGUAUCUACUGUGAAAUUUCUUAAUGUAUCAACUUAUUUUUGUAUUUUUAUACUUACCUUUUAUCUCUGAUUAAAACAGAUUUCUUGA